AACGUCUGCAUCAACCACGUGAGCCAAUCGCACUUCCUCUAAAUGACACUCACACUCUCACACACACAUUCUUUUCUUUUACUGUCCCACCAUCUCUAACCGUGGGAUUAUCUCAAGACAGCACCGUGACCAUAUAAUCAGCACUAUCGCCAUGCAGAAUGUGUCGAAGCUGCCGCCUGUUCCUCUGGUGCUGCCUCAAGGAGCCGUAGCUAUGAGGAUCAAAAGCUCCACCGGUAGCGGUGAGCGCCUGAGUCAAACCAAAUCUAUGGUCAUACCGGACCUGGACACAGCACAGAAACCACUUAACCGACAUCGCAGGAAUCAGUCCCAGCACAACACCAGUCAAGGUGUACAGCAGCUUCAGCCUUCUUUGCAUGGGGUUUAUCUGAACAAAACCAAGAUCGCUGACGGAGGAAAAAAACUCAAGAAAAACUGGACUUUAACUUGGGUCGUCCUGUCAUCAAAUGAGCUGCAUUUUUACAAGGAGUACAAGCAAGAAGCAAUGGCCAGUUUGAAACCAGGACUUAAACCAGAAGGUGUGGACCUCUGCGGCGCCAUUGUAGACUGGACAACAGAGAAGUCGAGUCGGAAGAACGUGUUUCAGAUAACAACAAGGUCUGGUGAGGAGCUGCUUCUGCAAUCGGAUGACUACCCUACCAUCAGUAAAUGGCAUGAUGUCAUCAAAAAAAUAGCAGAAAAAUCACCCAGUGCAGGCACAGGGUCCGGUGGAGGAAAGGCCCCAUUACACAGGUCCAACAGCACAGAGUGUCUGGCCAGACGAUCCCAGGACUCAAUAAAAUCCAAAGGCAAAGAGCCGAAAUCAGAGAACAGACGAUCUCUCAUGUUCAAGCUGAACUACAGUGCCUCUGACAGCGCAGAUAAGAACGGCGUGAAGAAUCGCCUCAAGAAGUUCAUCUCCAGACGGCCCUCCAUGAAAACACUACAGGAGAAAGGCCUCAUUAAAGAUUGCGUCUUUGGAUGUCACAUGUUGACUUUGUGUCAGCGUGAAGGGACCACGAUUCCCAAAUUUGUCCAGCUGUGUGUCAAGGAAGUGGAAAAACGAGGGCUUGAGGCUGAUGGGAUAUACAGGGUGAGUGGUAACCUGGCCACUAUACAGAAACUACGCUUCCUAGUUGAUCAAGAGGAGGAGCUGAAUUUGGGUGACAGCCAAUGGGAGGACAUUAAUGUCAUCACUGGUGCGCUAAAGAUGUUUUUCCGUGAACUGCCAGAGCCUCUGUUUCCCUUUCGCUUUUUCGAAAUGUUCGUGGAGGCCAUAAAACAUAAGGAGCAAAAGCAGAAGGUUCACGCUUUGAAGAAGCUGGUCUGUCAACUCCCUAAACCCAACCAUAACACCAUGAAACUGCUCUUCCAUCACCUGCAGAGAGUUUUGACAAAGUCACAGCAAAACCUCAUGUCGAGCCAAGGCAUCAGCAUUGUUUUUGGACCGACUCUCAUGUGGCCUGAGCUGGAUGCAGGAAACAUGGCUGUCAACAUGCUGUACCAGAACCAGAUAGUGGAAUUCAUGCUCAUUGAGUGUGUUGAAAUCUUUGGACCAGAAUCCAAGUAACAAGUGUUUAAAUAUAUAUAUAUAUAUAUAUAUAUAUAUAUAUAUAUAUAUAUAUAUAUAAAAGCCUUCCAUUUUAUGACAGGACUACAUGUACAUUUGUUUUACAUGAAAAUAAGAAAAUAUAACAGGAACCUGUAGGAUGUUGCUUCUUUUUCCUCUUGUUGCACUCCAUAUUCAGGUCUUAAGCCGGGUUUGAUUUGUGCGAUUUUUCAAAUCAAAUUCUACAAUGUAAACAAAAUCUGUGGUUGUGAGCUGAGAACAGUGGAAUGUGACGUGACAUGCUGACCUCCAGCAAAUUUAGUACCACUGUGAUCAAAACUUCUUCUCUAUUAUGCUUGAUUAUUGUAGGAUAUUGUAUUAACUGCAUUACAAAUGCCAAUAUAAAUGAAUGAAUUAAUGUAACUUUAUCAGCAUACAUGCUUGACCCUUCAUACAGGCUUGCAAAGCUAGCAUAUGUGCCGAAGAACAGGGAAAAAUAUUGUUUGUGUGUUGUUGUUUUUUUCUUUUUCCCAAUUAUUAUUAUUAUCAUUAUUAUUUCUACUACAGUGGAACCUUGGCAUAGGAAUGUAAUUUGUUCUGGAGGCGAGUUCUUAAGGGGAAAAUUUGUAUUUGUAUUCCCCAUAAGAAAUAAUUUAAAUGCAGAUAAUCUGUUCCAGCAACCCAAAAAUAUUAGCAAUAUCACCAAUACGAAGCGUAUGUAAAUUGUACAGCUGCUUACAAAGAACUGACCCAAGCCAAGCAUUCCAUGUCAAGGGUCCUCACAGGAAGUCGUGCCACCAAGCUUGGGCUAAAAAUAGAACAGACCACCCAAGCCACCAAUCUCAACAAAAACGGCCAAAAAAAAUCACCUAGCUUGUGAAUGCAUGCUGAAGGCAACGUUGGUAUCGUGGGUUGACUCUUUCAAAACAGUUUUCACUGACUGAAAAAUGUAAACUCGCUUUGGUUGGCUUUCCACUGACGCAAACAAGUUUUGAAGGGCUCCCAGACGUACGUGCAACUUAGCCAGUGCUUGGUUAGGUUUGGUUUGUUCGUAUGACGAAAAUGCUUUGUAUGCACAAUUUCAAUUCUUAAGGCGAAACUUCUUAAGGGAGGGCAUUCGUAUGCCGAGGUUCCACUGUAUUAUAUUACCUCAGAAUGGGUAUUCUGGUCCUAUUUUUUAGAGCCCCCAAACAAUUCCAAACUCCCUUUCUCCCCAUUUUAAAACAUCAUACAAAGAGCUUCUUUCUGUCCGUGCUUAUUGUUAUUUCUGAACAAGCCCGGAAUGACACUGAAGACUUAAACACAACAUUGGCAUUUUCUUUAAUCGUACUAGAUCUUCACGGCAUACAAAUUCACAUCCUGAUGAUGCCACUCUCUGGGUGGGAGGUGUACCAUCUCUAAAAGAGGCGGGACUUAAUGUCAUGAAGAGGUCUAACCCUAACCCUAACCCGAGUCUGUGAAUUCAAGUAUGCA